AUGAGGCAGGGCGAUCCUACUAUGCCACUUUAGAAGUCAGAGGUUUGGGAUAUAGAACUACAGAAAGCUGUUCCCUAGAAAUAGAUAGAAAUUCCAAAAUACAUGAUUGUUGAGAAUGAGGCUUAAAGAAUACAUAAAAUUCCUCUAACCUACAUCCAUACAAAUAUAGUUUAUCCUGACGAGAAUGAUUAUUCUUGUGACGAAGAGGAUUACAUAGCUGGGAUUGAUUCAAAUGCAAUUUAAUAACUGGAUAUCAGGAAUAACCUAUCAAACACUCGGAACUAUGUGAGACAAUAUGAAUUGCUAAAUUCCUUGAAUUACCCUGCUGAUUAUUAUAAUGCAAAGAUCCAGAGAUUGCAAAGACCCUUAUUGAGAGUGUUUAUGAGAGCUCAGGAAGAUGAUUGUCGAUUCAAUGUUGCCUUCCAUCCCAGUAAGACUUACAAAUAAAAAAGACUGAAACGACUCAACAUUCAGCUUCCUGAGUUUGACAUUUCUAGAUAAAUCAUCUACAAUGAAAAUAUCAUUUCCCUUCAUCUCAUUUAAUAAAUUAGGCAGCGUGAACUAUUAAAAUUAAAACUAAUUAAAUAAGAAGAAGAGCAAUUUGUUAGCAAUUUCGACAAUUGCUCAGAAAUAUUCAAUACGCUUAAAGAUUUGCGAGUAGCAUUAAAGGAAGAAGAACCUACUGAAAUUAAAGACAAUCGAUCUAAAAUCUUUGAUUCCUGUUAAGACAUUGAAUGUGCCUAUUAAUUCCAUACUCCCAUGAUCUCUCAAGCCGUUAUAGAAUUUAUGGACGAAUAGUACCAAGCAAUUAAAGAUAAGCAGAUCAUGUGGCCCAGAAAUCCAAAUGUGCUUUCCGAUUGGAAUUUAAAUAGUUAUACUAAAAUCGGGGUUUUUUAGCAGAAUAAACAAUUAAUAUACACCACCAAUGACCGUACUCUAUUUAUCUAGGAUCGGACUAAGAAGAACAAAAAGAAAGUUAAAAUGAUGCUUGUCGAUCGCAAUCGAGCCUCGGUCUUUGAUGGAGUGAGGGCUGAUUAUGAUCAUUUCUAUUCUCAUUAUCAGAAACAACAGAGCAAGAUCGAAUAAUGUAUUGAUCUCCAAAAGAGAGAGAUACAAAAAUUCAAAUAGGAUCAAGCCAAAAAGGAGUUGGCUCUGAGACUGCAAUAAAGAAAGGAGGAAGAGAAAAAGCUACUAAAAAUUAGAUUGAAGUUGAACUAUCCUGAAGAACCUAAGAUAAUUAAGAGUGUAAAGAUCAAACAUUCAGAUGAUCUAAAGUUUAAGUUAGUUAAGGAUGACUCUCCUGAGGAUAACAACUGUUAGAUUAUCUUAAAAUGA